AUAUUUUCCUUUAGAAACCAACCACUCUCUACAUUCUCCCAAUCGAUUACAAAUAGCAGAGCAAUUGAAAGAAAGAGACAGAGCGAACACCUACUACUGGGCAUAAUGGGCUUCUUGGUCCGGCUUUGUGGCUUGUUGCUUUGCUUUGUUUUAUUAAAGUUAUGUUGUAAUUUGUACUCAUCAAUAAAAAGAAGAAGAGAGAGGGAAGAGGCGAUGAAGACAGCGGGUGCUGUUGCGGGGAUGGCUUUUGCGGGGUUGGGCCUAGCUAUGCUGGCAUCAUCAUCAUCAUCGUCAUCAUCAUCAUCAUCUGGCUCAGAACAAAAGGGUAGCAAGAAACUGAUGAAAGCACCAGGAGCAGGAGGGGACUCUUACAUCUACAGGGAUGAUUUUGAGAGAAACCCAGCUGGUUAUUUCCGCAACAAUCGUCUUAAAGAGUGAAAGAUGAACAACUUGGUCUUAUGUGUUUUGACAGGGAUUGGGUUUCUUUUGUUGUACUCGUCUUUUUUGAAGCUAUGGUUCGUUCCUGUUGGUCUAAAGACAAGAAUAUGCAUGGUUUUGGCAUUUUGGCCAAGAAUCUUUUGUUUUUGAAUUUUGUGUCUUCCGUUGUAAUGCAAAAUCAAUCCCUAAAGUAAAUUAUGUGAAAAUCUUUCAUGUGGGUGAAUCUUCA